AUGGAGUCGGACUUUGAUUAUCCAGACACCGAGAAGCUCGGCACUUGCAACUCCAGCACUCCACGAACGACCGGACCGGAACUCCACUACCGGACCAUACUUCCCGAUAACGAGGAUCGCUUGGCCUAUUCGCUCAACCAGAACGGACCGCUGGUCGUUGUUUACAUCAGAGCCGUCCGCAGCUAUUGCUCCAAAGGAAUCUACAACGAUCAUCUCUGUCGCGGAGCUGUAGCCCAGGCCAUGCUCCUCGACGGUAUUGAAAAGGAUGACAACGGCGAUGAAUUGUGGAUUCUGAAGAACUCUCGGGGAACUCCAUUGGGCGAUAAGGGAUUCAUUAACCCAUGGAUAGAUCCAUUAAGUUCUUGA